AUGUCUUCUUUAGAGGGAAGUGCUGAGCUGCUGCGUGCAACUGCCUUUUCUGUGGCCGACGUCCGGAGUCCUGGCGGGCCAUCGUCGCUUCCGGCGCAAGAUGCCUCGAGUUGCAUCCGUACUAUACAAGACUUAUUCGCAGCACCUAUUGCGCUUAAAGAAGAAGAACCUUCGCCCAAACGACGCAAAUCCAGAAAUGGCAAUGCCAUUCCAGUACGGCCGCAGGCGGACUCUAACGAAAAGAAUAGUGUUGUCUUAGCCAACGUAUCCAUCGAUUUGAACAUGCCUACCCCGUCGCAAGACUCCUUAAGUAUCACGUAUACCCCGGCUAUAUCGCAAGAACCCGUAAAUCUAGAGCUUGAAUCCUGUCGGAGAGACCACACAGGAGAUACUCUUCAGAUGAAACUCUGGAACGCUGUCAAUGAAACGGGUGUCGACCUGGUUGCCACAACUCCCUCACCUUUCAUAGAUUCGGUCAUACCCCACCUACGGAAUGCCUCUGCACUUGCCACCUCGCUUCAGGGCAAAAGACACAAACCUGUUUCUCGCGCGGCUUUCUGUCGAUGCCAGCUGCACCCACCCACGCACGGGCGCAGUCGAUACAAGUUGGUAGUGGAGAUACGGUGGACUCUGAACAUAUCUGUGGUUGAGGAUCCAGAUAUUCGAGGCCAUUACAUGAACGCGGACCUGAAGCUCCUCUCGAAAUACAUGAGCGAUGCGGCUCCGAGAGGCGACAAGUCUUGGACCCUAUCCGACUUUUACGAUUCCGUACAUGUACCACCGGCGGACACAGAGAUUUCACCGCUUAUCAAACAAGGUUUGAUCGACACCAAGCUUCUGCCUUUCCAAGAAAGGACUGUUGAUUGGCUCUUGCGUCGAGAAGGCGUUGCAUUCUCAUCUUCUGGCUUACUGGAGCCUUUUGUCAACACUUCACCACCAGCAUCAUUUAGGCAGACACAAGAUGUGACAGGAGUACUGUGCUACGUCAGUCAGCUGCGGGGCACUAUAGUUACCAAUUUAGAUGCAGCUAAGGACGACACUCUACAGUCGCUGCGCGGUGGUAUACUCGCCGAAGAAAUGGGCUUAGGUAAAACCGUUGAGCUAAUCGCGCUCAUAUCCCAUCACAAGCGGGACAUCCUUGAUGGUAACAUCUAUGAUACAUACACUGGAGCUCAGGUUCGGCCUUCAGGCGCUACACUAAUCAUUACUCCUCCUUCGAUUCUGGAACAGUGGCUGAGCGAAAUACAUGCUCAUGCUCCUGAUCUUAAGGUCUGCCAUUACAAAGGUCUCCCCUCUCAAUCUGCACCAAAGAAAGACCAUGCCACAGCCACAGUCGACUAUCUCAUGCAACACGAUGUAGUAGUGACGACAUAUCAAGUCCUUUCGAAAGAGAUUCACCACGCUGUACCUCCCCCUGAUCGCAGCUCUCGACGUCCAAAACGUCAGGACCGCCGGCAUAGCCCCCUUGUCGGUAUCUCAUGGUGGAGGGUCUGUUUAGAUGAAGCGCAGAUGGUUGAAAGCGGGGUCAGUCAGGCCGCCCAAGUAGCUCGAAUCAUCCCCAGAUGUAAUGCAUGGGCGGUUUCCGGAACUCCUCUUCGCAAAGACGUCCAGGAUCUACGUGGUCUUUUGAUCUUCCUUAGGUGCGAUGCAUUUGCGAACAAAGCGGCCUGGACUCGUCUAGACAAGGUGUCUUUCAAAGGCAUCUUCAACGAGAUUGCUGUGCGAAACACAAAAGCAAGGGUUCGUGAUGACCUUCAAAUACCACCGCAGAAACGUGUUGUCAUCACUGUUCCGUUCACGACCAUCGAGGAGCAGCAUUACAAUGAAAUGAUGCGUCAAAUGUGUGAUGCAUGCUGGCUCACCCCCGAAGGGCAACCGAAAGAAGAAGGUCGCGAUGAGACCCACCCAGAGGUUGUCGAGCGCAUGCGAGAGUGGCUAAUAAGAUUGCGCCAGACCUGUCUCCAUGCAAACGUAGGUCGAAAGAACAAGAAAGCGUUAGGUGCAAAGAACGGUGCCUUGCGUACCGUGCACGAAGUUUUAGAGGUCAUGAUAGAGCAGAACGACACAAAGUGGAAGGCAGAGGCUCGCGAAAUGGCUCUGUGUCUGAUCAAGAUGGGUCACAUCCAAGCAUACGCAGGAAACUUCGCCAAUCGUGCAAAGUCGUCGCUUGAAUACUAUGAUAAAGCGCGGACUGAGGCACAAUCAUAUAUUGCGAUAUGCAGAGCUGAGUUACUAGCGGAGCAGCAGAAGCUAGGCCGCGUAUCCACAGGUGGCCUCCACGGGGCUGAUGAAGACGAAGACAUCGACGGAGACAAUAUGGGCCGCAUUCCAGUUCUGCGCAAAUCGCUCCGGUCAUUUCUAGAGCUUGAGCAUGCAGCUCAAUUCUUUACCGCCACCGCCUGGCAUCAGAUCAAAGAAAAUCCACAAUUGACAGAGCCAGACUCAGAUGACUGGCGCGAGAAAGACAAAUUGGAGACGGAUUAUUACGAAGCGGCCAGGGUAAUUCGCCGUGAACUGCUGAAGGAAUCGAAGGGCAGAGCGCAGCAGCAAAUGGCUAAAGUCGAUUCAAGAAAGCCUUUCCACCAGAUACCUACAAUAGCUGACCUUCCGGAUCUGGGAGGUAUCGAAGCCCGGAAAAUUCUCGAUACGAUGGACAACCUCAGCGAUUAUCUGAACGAGCAAGCCCGGUUGAUACAGACAUGGCGUGCGAAGAUUGUUGACAUUCUCCUAACACGCCUGGUGGAUGAUGACGACGACAAGGAGACGACGGGUGAAGAGUACGACGAUUCUCUCAAAGCUCAGGAUGAGCUGUACGUUUACAUCAUGGCUCUUCGAACCCUUGUUGCGGACCGUAAUGCUGCUGUCAACGGUCUGCAGGAUAAUCUUGUCGAACACGAGCUCAAGGCUGCCGAAAAACAAGCCCUGAAAGGGGACGAAGACAGUGAUCGAGGUCACGCGCCUCAACUUCUGCUUGAAGUUAUCAAUACACGACGUGGAUUACAGGCGAAGUUGCAAGCUGGGUCCUUGAAGGGUGUUGUAUCUAGCAUUCGCUCGCUGAUCACUGCUUUGCAAUGGAGAGCCAACAGCGGCGAUGCUCGGGCAUCCUCAGAACUUGGCAUUCUUCAGAAACAAAAUGCCACGGUUCAGGCUGUUGUCACAGAACAAGCGAAGGCCAUUACCGAACUUGAAAAGGAGCAGGAAAUGUACCGAGGUACCAUGAACCAGCGUCUGGAAUAUUAUCGGCAAUUCCAACACAUCUCCGAUACCGUUGCAAAGUACAAGGAGGAACUAGACAAUACAUUCGACUCGCGCGAGUUCGACAAGGCCAAUCAAUUGCGAGAGAGAAAAAAGGAUCUUGCCAAUGGCUUCAAGACGAAGUGCACUUAUCUGAAGCAUCUCCGGACUGAGAACCAAAAUGAAGCGGCAGCUGAAUGCAUCAUUUGUAGGGAAGACAUCGAGAUUGGCGUCUUGACAGCUUGCGGUCACAAAUAUUGCAAAGAAUGCAUCAAUCAAUGGUGGCAGGUGCACAGAUCCUGCCCAACUUGUAAGCAGAAGCUAUCUGGGUCCGAUUUUAAAGACAUCACAUUCAAACAAAUCGCGAUCAGAGCGAAGGAAGAGACAACCGCACCUGCCAGCCCGACACAAGCUUCCACGCCAGACUUUUCGUCAACCACAUCUAUCUAUUCUGAUAUUUCCGAUUCAACGAUGAAAGAGAUUAAGAUGAUCGAUCUAGAAGGUUCAUACGGCACAAAAAUCGACAUGAUCGCGCGCCACCUAAUAUGGAUCCGUAACAACGACCCAGGCGCCAAAUCGAUCAUUUUCUCUCAAUUCGGGGACUUCCUCGAAGUGCUUCACGAUGCACUCAAGAAGUGGAAGAUUGGCGCCAGCAACAUCACCGACAAAGACGGUAUCCGGAAGUUCAAGGCUGAUGCUAGCAUCGAAUGUUUACUCCUAGAUGCCAAAACCGAUUCUUCGGGCCUAACUCUCGUAAACGCAACGUAUGUCUUCCUCUGCGAACCACUCAUUAAUCCCGCAAUCGAACUCCAAGCCAUUAGUCGCGUCCAUCGAAUCGGGCAGCAGCGACCCACGACAGUGUUCAUGUACCUCAUUAGCGACACAGUAGAAGAAGCCAUCUAUGAGAUAUCUGUUGCCCGCCGCCUCGAACAUAUUAGUAACAAUACAUUGUCCAAGCUACCUACGCAAUCCGGAUCCACGACCCCCGCUCUCAAAGAACAGACUCUCGAUGCUGCAAACUCGGCUGAACUCCAAAACGCACCGUUUAAGCAACUUAUGCGCAAGAAGGGCGAAGGUGAGAUUGUCAAGGAAGACGAUCUUUGGCAUUGUCUGUUUGGGAAUCAGAAGAAAAGGACGCUAGCUGUGUUGGAGAGGGAAGUUGGGCGAGAACUGAGGGCGCAGGCUGCCGAGGCAAGGAUAGCGGGUGAAGGUACUGUGGGAUCGAGUGGCGCGUCGGUAGCUGCUGAUGUGGACAUGGCCGGUGAUGAUCUCGUUGAGACUUUGCCGAUCGUUGGAGGAAGUUCGCGGGAUGGUGUUACUAGGUUUUAA